AUGUCGCCCUCGGUUCCGAGAUUUACGUCGCCACUACGUAACGACAGAAGAGGGUCGCCGAAUGUCAAAGAUGCAGCGUCAACGACAGGAAGUAACGGUCUGGGAGCAGCAAAUUCUCUGAAUCCAACAGAUAUAACGACGGCAAGAACAAAUAGUUCCCGCCCAAAUACUCCCAAAUCAGCCACAAUCAAUGAAGCUUUACGCAAUAACCCGUUCGGCAGUACCUCCCGAGCCCGCGCCCUCGAAGCUGAAGCACAAGCCAUUUCUCUUUUUGAGAACGAAGAACGUCGCGCAGAUCUUGAAGACAGGAAUCGCUCAUUAGUCAUACUUGCAGCGCUAUUUCCUGACGUCCGCGUUGAAGUAUUUCGCGAACUGUUGACGCGGUUCGAUGGCAAGAGUCGACUUCAUGUCUGUGUUGAGCAGUUGCUGAGACAUAAGAAGCAAUGGGUGCAGGGACGGUGGAAUAUACCAAAUGAUGGGAACGGUGACAGAAAUAAUAUCGUGGGACAUCUUUCGUCCGCAGAUUCCGAUGCGCUGGUGCCGCCGGAGGAAUUGUUUCGAAGUGAGACGUACCGUAAUACCGUCAAGGCGGCUCUGUGUAAAGAGUUUAGUGGGCUGAGUCGGAGUACGAUUGAUGGUGUACUAGCGGAGGUCAACUUUUCAUAUACUCGUGCGAGACCGACGCUCAAAGAGUUAUCUAGGAAAGGUUGGCGGGCGACAAUUAGCAAUUUGAACCCUUUCCGGCGUAAGAAGGAUAACAACAAGGAUGAGAAUCCUCUGAUAAUAUGGGAACGGAAUAGAGAUGGUGAUGGUGCAACCCUAUUAAUACCUCGACUCAGACAAAAGACUGGUUCAGACGAACUCGACCAAGAAAUACAGGAGACGUUCAUUGUUCCGCUGCUUCGCGACCAAAAGGAGAGCCAGGAAUACCAAGAUUACAUUUUUGCGUCUGAGAUCAAUGAGAAAGAUGCCAUAGCUGAGAACGCGCUGUACGAGUGUCAGUGCUGUUUGGACGAUGUGACAUUUGAGCAAGUGUCUGCCUGCUCAUCGGAUCAAGGCCAUAUGAUUUGUUUCAAUUGCAUACGCCGGACACUUCACGAAGCUGUCUUUGGCCAGGGAUGGGAUAAUUCUGUGGACCCAGAAAGAUCGACGCUCAAGUGUGUUGCUCCUGUAAGCCAUGGAGUAUGCGAGGGGCACUUGGACUCAAUACUUGUCAAGAGAGCCAUUCUUUCCGAAAAGGCUGGUUCAGAGACUUAUCGCAAGUUCGAGGAUCGGGUGGCUUCAGAAGCGUUGCUAAAGUCGACCUUGAAACUCGAUGGUGCCGGGCGAAAUAUCUUUCCACCGGGAAGAGACGACGAGAACAACGCCGCAGAAGCCGAAGCUGACGAAGGAGAGAGCGGAUACAAACAUUUUUGUGAACAUUUUCGCGUCAAUCCUGGUACUCGCUGCACAGAAUGCAACAAAUGCGAAUUGUACUUUGCCGAGGACGAUGAGGUUAUCGCUCGGAAAGCUGGUGAACAGGCCGAACGAGAAUGGAGAUUACGACAGUCCAUGACGAUUGCUAAUAACAACAAUAUCAAUAUGAACAAUAAUAAUAACAUUAAUCAGAUCCCACAGCCUGGGAAGCAAAUACCCAAAACCUUUCCAUUACGAUGGGAAGAUCAACAAUCACAGAAACAUACAGAACUCUACCGCAUACCGACCAUGUACAACCACCAUAACGGAUCAUGGCAAUACUGGCUCAUCGAAGUGUGGAAAGAAGGACGGUGGAAAUGGGAGAUUCAGACCAUGGCGGACAAAUUGGUUGAAAGAGUGGUUGUUAUCGUUGACAUCUCGUGA